AUGAGACCCGCAUCCCGUUUAGUCUCUUCUCUCCUCUUCUUUCUCUCUUACAGUAAUAUCCUCCACCAUUUGCAAGCCCAGCCAACCACUCAGGGGUUCACCUGCCCAGCCAACCAGAGGUCCUUUCCAUGUCAAACCUAUGCCUUCUACCGAGCCUCAGCUCCUAACUUCCUUGACCUUGCCUCAAUCGGUGACCUUUUCUCGGUUAGCCGCCUUAUGAUAUCAAAACCAAGUAACAUCUCCUCUCCAACCUCACCUCUCAUCCCCAAUCAACCCCUCUUUGUCCCUUUAUCAUGUUCUUGCAACACCAUCAAUAUUAGCACUAGCAUUUCCUCUGCAAACAUCACAUAUACCAUCAAGGAAGGCAACACUUUCUACAUUGUCUCGACUGAAUACUUCCAAAACCUUACGACCUACCAGUCUGUUGAGCUUUUCAACCCUACACUUAUCCCCGAACUACUCGACAUAGGAGUAGAGGUGAUCUUUCCAAUAUUUUGCAAGUGUCCUAAUCAAACCCAGUUGCAAAACAAGGUGAAUUAUCUGGUAUCUUAUGUGUUUCAGCCUUCUGAUAACUUAUCUUCAGUUGCUUCAACAUUUGGAGUUGAAACAAAAUCUAUUGUUGAUGUUAAUGGCAAUAACAUCCAGCCUUAUGAUACCAUAUUCGUUCCAGUCAAUCAACUUCCACAACUGGCACAACCUACAGAUAGAGCAUUGAAAGUUAACAGAAUUGGAACCUGA